AUGCAGCGUGUCGCGGGUGUGCCAAGUAUGGCAGAGGCUGAGAUGUGGCGCGCGUAUGAGGAGGACGGGGCAGCCUUCAGUGCAGGGCUGGACACGAGACAAGAUAGUCGAGUGGCUCACAGCCUCUUGGAUCGACAGGUGGAGCUUUUUGGGCUGUGGGACCCGGAGGGAGUGACACGACGGUUGGGAUUUGGAGAUGGGACGGUGGAGGAGGCGCUGAAUGAGCGCGAGGAGGAGGAGGACUUCCUCGCUGAGCUGCUGGCCAACGCGGGUGUUGCUGGGCCCACUGAGGAGGACAUUCAAACUGCUGGCACCCAGAGAACCUCGCCAACGGCUGGAUACUUUCCAUAUCCAAAUAAAACGAUGUUCCUUCUUGAUAUUCUGGACAACCUGCCGCGACUUCGGGUCUCGAAAUCUCUCAUGCGCGUUAUCCUGUGGAUCAUGCGCGAAACGGGAGCUCAAGAUGUUCCUUCUCUCGAAGGCCUCAACCGAGUUCAGAAGGAAAUUCGAGUCGAAUCGGGAAUUCCCACUCUCCCUUGCCUGUCGCCGCUGGGCAACGUUUUUUUCAUGAACAAUCCUUGCGCAAUUAUCGCACAUGAUUGGGCCAAUCCUGCCAUCCGGAAACACAUUCGCGUCUACCCCGAAAUCCCUACUGACGGCAUCAUUCGCGAAAUCUGGCACGCACAAAAAUGGAGGAAAAAUAUGGACCUCGAUGCGCUGAGUCCGAUGUAUGAUGCCGGAAAUGCCCAUUUCUAUGUCAACGAGCUCUGCCGCCUCAAGGACGGUCGGUUUGUUAUUCCCAUACGCUGGGUCACCAUGAACUCUGCCAUUUGCGCAGACUGCUACAGCGUCAGAAUGGACGAGGCUGGUGCAGCAGUGAUUGACGAUUCGACAACGUCUAUUGUUGAGGCAACGGAGAUGAAGGAAAACUAUCUGGACCUGGUUGAUCUUGGAGCAGUACCGCAGUGGAGCGCGGCGACAUUCUCAAAGGGACACCCCGCAAGGAUGCCCAACCGUAAACGCGCAAUUGCGGGAGGCUGUCCAAUGUACACCAGCCUCGUCGACUACUUUGGCGAUGACGUAUCCGGAAAUCGUUCAAAAUCGUGGAAUAAGCAUUGGAAUGCCAAGAAUAUCAUAUCCAUUUCGUCUCGACCUCCCCCCAACGCAUCCAUAUCUGAGCAAUAUCGUGAAUUCAAGACCGCCAUUGAAGCCACGCACACCAAGCCGAUUGUUGUCCAAGACGACGCAGGAAAUACGACAAAGAUAUGUGUUUACUGUAAUGCCGGCCCUUCCGACAACCCAAUGCAGAGCGAGGUAUCGUCUCAUAUGGGUGGCCAGGCCAACUACUAUUGUCGAAAAUGCAAGGUGGGCGGUCCGAAAGCGCACAAGCACUCGAAUGUUGGGUAUGAAGAGCUAUUCAAGCCGGGUGUUCCGCGAACGAAAGAAUAUGUCCUCGAUGAGUUGCGGCUCCAAGUCCGGCAUGUGUGUGGUGGGACAACAAUGGACAAGCUCCAGAAGAUCCAGCGGAACACGGGCGUGAAAGACGCAUACACACAGCAAUGGAUCAUAGGUCUCGAAGCCCGUUUUGCGCAACUGAGUGUUGCCGACCCCGAACGACCAGCAACAAACAUCAAAGCGGAGCUCAUGAAGUGGGUAGAUGAGAACGACGAAAAGAUCUAUAGUGCUUUCUUGCGAACAACAGCGUUCGAUCCUACACGCGAUACACCCAUCGAACUCUUACACACAAUUCUCCUUGGUGCAGUCAAGUACGUGUGGCACAUCUCGCACACAGGCUGGUCCGACAAGGAGAAGACAACAUAUUCGCAGCGCUUACAAGCGACUGAGACGAGCGGGCUUUCGAUUCAUGCCAUUCGCGCCAAGUACAUUAUGCAAUAUGCCAAUUCACUCAUCGGGAAACAACUCAAGACUGUUGUUCAGACGGGCAUAUUCCAUGUGCACGAUUUGGUCUCGGACGACCAUCUCGCUGCAUGGCGAGCAUUAGGCGAGCUCUCUGCGUUGCUCUGGGUCCCCGAAAUCUACGACAUGACUCAGUAUCAUACCGACCUUGAAACAGCGGUCGCAAACCUGCUUGAUGCUGUCGCCGUUAUCGACCCUUCCAAAAUCGUCACAAAAAUCAAGUACCACCUGCUUGCACACGCUGCGGACGACGACGCGACAGAAUUCGGGCCACUCAUUGGCCUUGCAACAGAGCUCUUCGAGAGUUUCAACGCGAUUUUCCGAUAUUGCUCGAUACUAUCAAAUCAUCUGGCACCCAGUCGCGAUAUUGCUCUUCAGUUGGGAGACCAGGAAGGGCUCAAACAUCGGCUAACGGGGGGACUUUGGGCGGCCAAAGGCGAGCAGAAAUGGGUCCGAGCGGGUACUGGUGUGCGCCAUUACUUGGAGAAACACCCUAUCCUGCAGAAACUCUUAGGCUGGACACCGCAAACAAGCGCGGAUAUUGGGAUUGUCAAAUUGACUCCACUCAUACGGGGUGAAGAUAAGCGUCUAUUGCGCGAAUUAAACGCUACAACAGCAUCGAAAGCGACAAACUAUCGUGACUACGCCAUCGAACUCCGUCUGGGACUCCGGAAAAUCUUUUAUAUGCCAAUCGCAGGACGAAUGUCGUGUCGGGUCUUGGGUUUUCGUAUCGUGGCUAGCAACUCACAGAUCCUCAAAGGGACCGAGGUCAACCUUGCUGUUUUGGAGCGCUUCCAGACAUCGGCAGUCCGCGAUCCGGUAUAUGGGAUGCCGGCGUUGAUUCGCCCCAAUGGCGAAACACUGCUUUUUAUCACUCCAACCAAGAAUGUCAGCUUCAGUUUCAAUGCACAACAUGACUGUCGUGCGGCCCAAUGCGCCGCCACUGGUUCCCGUGCCAUUAUCCAAGAACGCGUCGCAUCUGAAAAGACAGAGCACUUUGUCGUGCACAAGGACCUUGACCGCUACAUCAUCAACCUCCAUUCUUUCCAUAAUGCCCACCUCCUGCGCGCAACGCUUCCCCGCCAUCUCUGGGCACCUGUUCCACUCUUCGACGACCGUCCAGCAAAGCACAUCGAGUUCGCAACGCAGCUUCGCAAUCGGAAUACUGUGAAGGGAGCCAAAGGAGCAAGUGAUAGAGUUGCCAAUCCCGCGUCAGACGCAGUGGGAACCACCAUGCAGCGGGCCAAGCGCCGUCGAGCCAAGGACAACAACUCCGAUGCUGAGUCAGCACCAGCACGCAAGCGCGCUCGCAAGGCUGCUCCCAAGAAGAAAAAGCCAAAGGCACAGGCUAAUGCCAUCCCCAUCGCAGUCUCUGUGGCGAUUUCGGGAAGCACAAGUUUGGCAGCAGGACGAACCAAGCGAACGAUAACAAAAACGGUGAAGGCGCUGGCAGCGGAGGAGGCUUCAAGUGAUUCCGAGGAAGUGUCGGACAGUGAUCAGGUGUCGGAAACAGAUGCACAAGCUUAUGAGACCAGCGAUGAAGAGUACCAAUAG